CAAGUUUUUGCAUUCACACCCCAUCAACAACAAAGCAAAAAGAGUCUUCCUCUUGCAACCCUCUUUGUUUCUUUGCUGAGUUAGUUGGUUAGUUAGGUUAAUUAGGAACCAUAAGUCUUAGUUUAUAAGAAAGAUGGAACAAGAAGUGAUUAAGAAGAAAAGCAGAGGUGAAAGUAGAGAAGAUGAUGAGCAGGAGAAGUGGGUGCAUGAUUCAUCUUUGGAUCAUAGAGGAAGAGUUCCUCUCCGCGCUUCUACAGGCGUCUGGAAAGCUUCGCUCUUCAUCAUAUCAAUUGAGUUUAGUGAGAGGCUGAGCUACUUUGGAAUAGCAACAAAUCUGAUAUCAUACUUGACCAGAGUGAUGCAUCAAGACCUUAAAACAGCUGCAAAAAAUGUGAACUACUGGUCUGGAGUCACUACCAUCAUGCCUUUACUUGGUGGCUUCCUUGCUGAUGCCUACGCCGGUCGAUUCCCCAUGGUCUUGCUCUCUUCCAUCCUCUAUCUUAAGGGCUUAAGCCUCUUGACAAUGGCUCAAUUCAUCCCAAGCCUAAAGCCAUGCCACCACCCAGGCAUAUGCACUCACCCCACAAAAACCCAUGAAGUGGUUUUCUUUCUAGCCAUGUACCUCAUCUCCCUGGGAACUGGAGGCCACAAACCCUGCCUGGAAAGCUUCGGAGCCGACCAAUUUGACGAUGAUCACCCAGAAGAGAGGAAGCAAAAGAUGUCUUACUUCAAUUGGUGGAACUUUGCUCUCUGUUGUGGGCUCUUGCUCGGUGUCACACUGAUCGUCUACGUGCAAGAUUUUGUGGGUUGGGGUGUUGCCAAUCUCAUUCUCACUGUUACAAUGGCAAUCACAAUCAUUAUUUUUUACUGGGGAAGAAGGUUUUAUCGGUACAGAGUGCCGGAGGGGAGUCCAUUGACGCCGAUGUUACAGGUUUUGGUUGUGGCAGUGAGGAAGAGAAAUGUAGAGUGUCCCUCUAACCCUGCUUUGUUGUAUGAAGUUGCAAAGUCACAGAAGGCCCAAGGGAGGCUACUAUGUCAUACAAACAAUCUCAGUUUUCUUGACAAAGCUGCAGUAAUUGAAGGCAAUGAGGAUUUACUAGCAGAUAAACAACCAAAUCCAUGGAGACUAGCAACAGUGACCAAAGUCGAGGAGACAAAGCUCAUCAUAAACAUCAUUCCCAUAUGGCUAACUUCGCUGACAUUCGGUUUAUGUAUGGCACAAACCUCAACUUUCUUUGUCAAACAAAGCAGCACGAUGAACCGAAACAUUGGGAACAAUUUUGUGAUCCCACCUGCCUCCAUUCACACACUCUCCGCGAUCGGAAUGAUAAUCUGCAUCGCAGCCUAUGAGAAGAUCCUUGUUCCAGCACUCAGGAAAGCCACCGGCAACGAACGAGGCAUCAGAAUCCUCCAGAGGAUCGGCAUUGGCAUGGUAUUCCCAGUUAUAGCCAUGACUAUAGCGGCGUUAGUGGAACGAAAGAGGCUAAGAGAAGUAGAGAGAGAGAUCGUCAGAGUAGAGAGAGUCGGUUAUCUGUCUAUGAGCGUGUUCUGGUUAGCUCCUCAGUUCAUCAUUUUUGGGAUUGGAGAUGUGUUUACACUUGUUGGCCUACAAGAGUACUUCUACGAUCAAGUUCCAGAUUCAAUGAGAAGUUUUGGGAUAGCUUUGUAUCUGAGUGUGAUCGGACUCGGGAACUUCUUGAGCAGCUUUCUGAUAAGUGUUGUGGACCAUGUGACCAAGAAGGGUGGAACUAGUUGGUUCGGGAAGGACUUGAAUAAGAGUCGUUUGGACAAUUUCUACUGGUUGUUGGUGGUUUUGAGUGGUCUGAAUUUGUGUAUGUACGUGUUGGUAGCAAAGAGAUACAAGUACAAGAGUGUGCAGAGAAAUGUGAUUGGGGGUGACUGCUAGUCAGGCAAUGGGACAGGGUUCAAUGGCUUGAGAUUUUUCUACUUCAUGGGGUUGUGAUGUGAAAAAAUGAAGUGAAGUGAUGAUGCUUAAAGCAAUUUAAAUCAAAUGUAAUCAUAAUAUUGUUACAACUCUGUUUCCAUAUGAACUGUUUCCUAGAAGAAAAAAAAAAAAAAAAAAAAA